AUGCUGCAUCCACGAGAGGUGAAGACCGCGGAUCAGAGGGAUAAAGAUAUUGUCAAUGAUAGACAAGACAAUAGAGUUGUGGUCGAUGAAAAGCGUAGAGAAAGACGACUCACCGGAGAUGGGGUCAACGAUGAUGGUGGAGGUGGUGAAAGANCUGGAGAGACUGGUUCAGGCAAACCCGAAGAGAGUGGAAAUNNUGUCUUCCUCGUCGGUGCUCUUGACAUCAUCCUCGAAUGUGACGAGAGACCUUUACGAGUCAUCGAGCCUUUUAGGAAGCACAGCAGUGUUGUUCCCAACAUCGCUCGUCCCUAA